AUGGAGUAUAAGAAUAACUUUUCAUUAAAUGGACGCUGUUCCCAAGAUUCAAUAAAAUUAUCUUCUACAGGAGGAAGUAAAGAAAAAUUUAUGGAUUCAGUGCCAAUAUUACAAAAUCCAUCAUCUUCUUCCUCUUCAUCAACUAAUUCAUCUUUUGGUUUUUUUACAAGUACAUCUAAUUCUCUUUUUUCAUUAGAAUCUCGAUCAUUAUCGUCUACAGUAUCACCAAUAUUACAAAAGUCAGAUUUUGGUCAUUUCAAAAAGAUAUCAUUGUUACCAUUGCUAUUUGGUGAAACAAAUAAUUAUCAACAGUGUACAAAUCAUAAUUUGCAUGAAUUAUUUGAUGAAUUAAAACAAAUAGAAAGAUAUGGAGGUAAUUUAUCAUUUAUAAGUAAUAAUUUCAACAAUAACAGUGUAUCUCAAUCAUUAUCAGUAUGCCACAGAGGAAGUAGUUUUGGAUGUAUACAAAAUCAUUCACUUUCAAAUAUUGCAGAAAGUUCAAAUUUAUAUUGUAGCCCAGAAGCUAAUAAUCAUCAUAAUAAUGAUGGAAAUUUACUACUAAGUACAAUGAGGAGAAGAUUAACUCCGACGUCUAUUAAUUCUUCUUUAUCUUCAAAUAAUAUUGCGGAUGAUAACAAUGAUGAAUUCCUAUGUGAAAGAAAAUGUAAUGCAGUUAGAAGACAUUUUGAAAAAUAUUUAACACCACAAAUGGAUGGUUAUGAGUUAUGUAAAUUAUUAAGUAUAUAUUCUUCAAUAUUAUUUCAAACACCUUUGUCUAUAGUAUUAUUAUAUGAUGAUGAAACUGAUGAAUUAAUCGGUUCAUUUCCAUCUAAAGGAACAUGGAGUUCAUAUAUACCGAAGAGUUUAACAAAUAAAUGGGUUGAUUAUAAAACUACAUGUGUACAUAAUGAACAUAAAUGUUCUCAUUUUAAACUUAAGACAAUGGGAGAACCUGGACAAUCUAAGAGUAUAAUUAAUAAUUACCAUAAUCAUCUUAAUGUGGAUGGUCCAAUUCAAAAAAGUGAUAAUAAUCUUUAUUCAAAUUUUACAUCUAAUUCUUCUUCAAUGUUAAAUUUUCAAGAAAAAAGAAAAUCUGAAAUUAUAUCAUCUUUAAUAAAAAAUCCUGUAAAUAAUACUAACAAAUUUCAAAGAUUAACUUUUUCUACUGGGUCUAAAGAUAAUAUAAUCAAUAGAAGAGCAACAUUUCCACCAUUAUCAAUAGCUAAUAGAGAAAAUAAUCAUUCAAAUCAAGAUAUUUACAAUAAUACGUUUUGUAUAGACAAUAAUAUAACUACAUAUAAUGAAAAGGUUGAAAUUGAUUGUAAAAAUACUGGAACUGAGUAUGAUUUGUUAAGAUUUUCUAUGAAAAAUGAAAACAUGAUUGAAAAUGAAUAUUUUGGAAAGAAUAAGAAUAAUAUUGUAUCAUCAGUAUCAUUAUCAUCUCAUCAAGAUAAUCAAAAGAAGAGUUUUUUAAAUCAAUUAUUAUCACAAAGCCAAAAACAGAACUUUUUCUAUUUUAAUUAUUCUUCAAAUAUAUGUGAUUAUAUAAUAAAAUCGAAUUAUAUUAAAGAAGAUGAAAUAAAUAUUAAUUACAAUAAUAAUAAGAAUAAUAAUAAUAAUAAUAAUAAUAAUAAUAAUAAUAAUAAUAAUAAAGACAGGAAUAAGAAUAAGGAAAAUGAAUUAUCAAAUAAUUCUAUUCAAAAUGUUGAUAUAUCAUUUGGUUUAUACUUUUAUAAUAAGUUAAAAGAUGCUGAACAAUUACCAUGUGACAUUGCAACAGCUACUCAAUGUCCGAUCUGUCUUCAAAACAUGAAAUUAGCCUCGUCAUCAUCAUCCAAUUCUUCAAAUUUAUCGUCAUCACUUUCUUCAUUAAAUGAUUCUGGUUUUGGUUUUGGAGGAGUUAAUGGUAAUUAUGGAAAUGGACACAUAUAUUAUGAUAAUAAAACUAGUGAAGAUUUAAUAUUUAAAAAAAGUAAAAUGGAAAUAAUUAAAAAUGAAUUUUCUACAAAUAGUAAUAUGGAUUCUUGUCAUUUUCAUGUAUAUAAUAAUAAAUAUAUUACAAAAUCAGAAUUUAAAAAUUCAGAAACCAAUGAACCAUUAAAUUAUGAUACAAUUAAUCAUCAUAAUCAAAAUCAAAAUAUUUCGAGAAGAAAUUCAGGAAUUGAAAUAAUUCAAAAUAAUAAAUUAAAUGAAGAAAUAUCUGAUAAAAUGAGUGAUUGUCCUGUAAUAUUGGUUUCUCCUCCAUCCAUUAAUGAUGGAAUAAUUAAUAGGUGUUGUAUAUGUGAUAAAAAUAAAAAUGUCAAUUUUAAUAAUGGAAAAAAUAAUGAUAUAGUUUUAAAUUCAGAAUUUUCUGAUAUUGAAAUUGGUAUUUCUAAUCAUUAUCAAAGAUAUAGUAACUUUAAAAUUCCUGUUAUUACUUGUCCAAUCAUUGAUACAAGAGUUCAAAAAGAUAAAGAUAAGGAUCCAAAUCAAAAAUCAAAAAUUAUUGGGAUAGUGAUUUGCUUGCAACCACAAAAUCCAAACAUAAUAUUAUUAAGAAGUUUGAUCACAGAAAUACAAGCAAUUGUUUGCUUAUUUUUAGAUUAUAAAAGAUUAUUAUUCAAUACAAUACAGUUAAAUUUAAAUUAUGAGUUAUAUAGAUGGGUAUUUAAACCGUUAUUAUUAAAUAGAAGGCAUGCAGAAAACUGGGAUUGGACAGUAUCUAUGGAAGUUAUUUCAAGAUUAUGUUUAUUAAUUAAUAAAUUUACUCCAGUUCAAUGUACACUAGUUUAUGUAAUGGAAUCUAGUCAUGAAUAUGUUUGUAUUUACGGCCCAAAACAAUUUAUAGGAUUACGUCUUUGUUCAAGAAAUUAUUUAAUUUUUAAAUUGAUCAAAAAUAAAUGUGUAAGUAUAUGCAAUGAAGUAAAUGAUUUUUCAAAUAUGUUUAUAAAUUCUGAAAAGAGAUUUACAAAUUACCAUAUUAAUUUAAAAAAUACCACAUUUAUACCUAUUUAUAAUAAAAAUGAGAAUAUUAGUAUAAUAAUUCAAUUAAUUAAUAGAACUAAAGAUGGUUAUUCUUUCAGUAAUAAUGAACAGAAGAAAUUUAAUUUUACUAUAACUGAGAAGAAUUUAUGGGCCGAUAAGUCAUCUGUUAUGAGCACUCAUUCUAAUAUUUUACCAGGGAAAAAAUCUUGUAGAAGAGUAAUGGGUACUUUUGAUAGUUAUUCUAGUGGUAGUGGAAGCGGUAGUGGCAACUCAAUUAUUAGAAGAGCAAAUACAGUUUCAUCAAAUGGAGCAAUACGUGAAGAUAAUUCAAUAUCCUCAGAUGAUUAUGUUAAUUCAUUAAUUAACUUAAAGACUUCAAACAGUGAUUUAGCAAAAUCUUCAAAUUCUUCGUUAAAUUCCAUAAGUUUUGCUCGUAAAAGGAAUCAUAGGCAAUCUAUUAAUUCAUCACAAUCACUCAAGCCAUCACUCACUUCUUCUUCUUUCUCUUCCUCCUCUUCCUCCUCUUCCUCUUCAUCAUCAUCAUCAUCAUCAUCAUCAUCAUCCUCCUCCUCCUCCUCCUCUUCAUCAUCCCUACUAAUGAAACGUGUAAACACUAUAGAUUAUUUAAGACCGAGUACUGGUGAUAAUAUUCAAUUGAAAGAAAAAGAAAGGGAUUUAUGUGAAACAGAAAAUGGAACAAUUUCAAACACGAGUAUUAUUGACUUUUCACAGAAAGAUUUGUAUAUAUACGGAAUGUUAGUCAAUCAAAUAAUGAAAGAUUUUCAUCAACAAUUAUUGACAUUAAACAUUCAUUUAUACUAUAAAUCUAUUUGGGAUCCAAACUUUAACCAGUUAUAUACAAAUAAUUCAAAUACAUUUAUUUCAUUAAACAAUUUAUUUGGAAUGAAUUUUGAUGAGCAGAAAUACAAAAAUCAUAAUUGUAAUCCUCAUCAUUAUAUUAAUAAAAUUAUUUUAAAUGAAAAUAGAAAUUCAAGAGAAUCUUCUUUUUCACCAAUAGAUAUUUCAAGUAUUAAAAAGAAUAUAAUUAAUGAAGAAAUUAAUAGUGAAAAAAUUCUGGUGACUCAAAAUUCACAAGAAAAUGCAAAUGAAGUUAAUACAAAUAUAUCUAGUGAUUUUUUGAAUUUAAAUCAUCAUUUUAUAAAAGAUAUAGAAGAAGAAGAAGAUAAAGAAAAGGAAGAGGAGGAGGAGGAGGAAGAAGAAGAAGAAGAAGAAGAAGAAGAAGAGAAAGAAGAAGGAAAAGAACAAAAACAAAAACAAAAACAAAAACAAGAAAAAGAAAAAGAAGAGAAAAAAAAAGGGAGAAAAAAGAAAAAAGUAAAAGAUAAUGAAAAAUAUCGUCAAAGUGUAAGUUAUUAUGAAGAUGAGUAUUUUAAACAAUACGAAGAUGAUCGUUUUUAUAAAAAUGAUAAUAUCUUAUUCAGUGAUAACUUAAAUGAAAAUCAUUAUAUUAAUAAUUACAGAGAAAAAGAUGAUGAAGAAAAUAUUAACUUUGAUCAUAAUGAAAUUAACAAAGAAUUAUCAAUCAGAGAACCUUUAAGAUAUAAUUCUGAAAAAUAUGAAAUUAAUCAAUAUGAUGAUAAUCAUCAAAAAAUAUUUUGUAGAAUGAGUUCUGUUGAUGAAUAUAAAAAAGAAAUCAAAUUAUAUCAUAAUAAUGAUAAAUUAAAAAUUGAUUCAUUAUUAACUUUAUAUAGAGAAUGGGGACUUCCUAUAUGGGCACAUGGUUGGUCAAUACAUAGAGAAUUUUUAUUAAAUCUAUUUAAAUAUUUUGGAUUUGAUAAUAAAUGGAAUUGGAAUCAUAAACAAUUAUUAACAUUAUUUGAUGUAAUACAUGAUUCUUAUAAUUCUAAUACAUCUUAUCAUAAUAUAUUUCAUGCAAUACAAGUUGUACAAGCAUGUUAUAUUAUAUUAAGAAAUUUUGGUAUUAUGUUGGUAUUAAAUGAUUUAAAUAAAUUUAUAUUAUUAUUUGCAGCAUUAUGUCAUGAUAUUGAUCAUCCUGGUGUAAAUAAUUAUUUUUUAACAAUUUCUAAUUCAAAAUUGGCAUUAAAAUAUAAUGAUAAUUCAAUACUUGAAAAUCAUCAUUGCAGUUAUUUAUUUUCAUUAUUAGAUCAAUGUAAAGAUAUAGAUAUAAGAAAUAAUUUUAAUGAAAUUGAAAAGAAGAGUUUUAGAAGAAUAUUUAUUAAAUCAAUUUUAUCAACUGAUAUGAAUUGUCAUAAUCAUUUACUAUCAACUUUGGAAGAAUUUAUUUCAUCUAAUGAUAGAAUAAGUAAUAAUCAAAAUAUUAUUUUAGAUGAAUAUGAAUUAUAUAAUGAUAAUAUUAAUAUAAAAAUGUUGGGAGAAUUAGACGAAAAUGCAUUAUUGAUUAAAAUAGAUAAAGAAUUUUUAAUACAAAUUAUAUUACAUGCAGCAGAUAUUUCUAAUCCAUUAACUCCAUUUCCAAUAUGUAAAAAAUGGGCAUCAUUAAUAUUAGAAGAAUUUUCUAAUCAAACAAAAUUAGAAUCACAAUUUGGUCUUCCUAUAACACCUUUUAUGGAUUUAAAAGAUGAUGUUUUAAAAAUAGAAGCACAAAUAGGAUUUUUAGAAUUCAUUGUAAUACCACAAUGGAGAUUAUUAUCUAGAAUAAUACCUAAAAGUACAAUAUUACUUGAUCAGGCUGAGAAGAAUAGAGAAUUAUGGUUAAAACAUAGUAAGAAUUUAAUUGAUAACAACAAUCAUAAUCAGAGUAAUAAUAUUAGUAAAUUAUUUGAAUUUGAUUUAAAUUAUUUAAAAAACAAUACAAUAGGAGGAAAAGAUGUUUUGGAGAAAUCAAUAUUAAAAAAAGUUGUUAAUAAUAAUAAAUAUAUCAAUAUUAUUAAUCGAAUUAAAUGUGAGAAAUACCUAUUAUUGGAUAAUAACAGCAAUAAUCAUAAUCAUAUAGUUAAAGACAAAGUCAAUUUAAAAUAUAUUAAGAAUAAUUGCUUAAUGAGUAUGUUUGCUUUAACUUUAAGCGAUGUAUUUGAUUAG